AAGAGUUUGUCUCUGCAGGCUCAGUCCAUCCUCCCUCCUGCUCCAGGACACGCCGGUUCAGACAGCAGCAGGGCUGUGCAGAGGUCAGUGUCGGGGUCCAACCUGCGGUUUGAGGCCGUUCCUCUGGACCAGGAGGCCACAGAGGGAGGACAGGUGACCUUCACAUGCCAAGUCUCGUCUGCUGCCGUUGCCAUGGUUACCUGGCUGAAGGACGGGAUACCAGUGAGGACAGGACCAGGUCUGACCCUCACUGUAGAGGAGGUGAGACAUGUGGACCAAGGGAUGUACAGGUGUCAGCUGACCACAGCUGAUGGUCCGACCAUUGACUCUGCAACAUGGAGGCUCAGUGUCCACAGUGGACUGCAGGGUCGCAGGUCAGAGGUCACAGAGGUCAGAGGAGUGUGUGAGGCUCCACGCUUCAUCAGACGACUGACUGACUUGAAGGUGAUGGACGGCAGCAGAGUGACCAUGACGGUGGAGCUGACUG